CGGCAAUCGGCGCCGGCACUUGCCACUUCUCGCCCUCCCUGCGUCACUUCAGUUUUAAAAAAAAAUGGAGCCUUUUUCCUGUGACACUUUUGUGGCAUUACCUCCAACAACAGUUGAUAAAAGGAUUAUUUUUGGAAAAAAUUCAGAUAGACUCCGCGAUGAAGUCCAAGAGGUAGUUUAUUUUCCUGCUGCAGUUCAUGAUAACUUGGAACAACAUCUUAAGUGUACUUAUAUAGAAAUUGAUCAAGUUCCUAAAACAUAUGCUGUUGUCCUUAGUCGCCCAGCAUGGUUGUGGGGGGCAGAAAUGGGAGCCAAUGAGCAUGGAGUUUGCAUUGGGAAUGAAGCUGUGUGGGGAAGAGAAGAAGUUUGUAAUGAAGAAGCUCUACUGGGCAUGGACCUCGUCAGACUUGGCCUUGAAAGAGCUGAUACAGCUGAAAAAGCCCUCAAUGUCAUUGUUGAUUUAUUAGAAAAAUAUGGCCAGGGUGGAAAUUGUACAGAGGGUAGGAUGCUUUUUAGCUAUCACAACAGUUUCCUGAUAGCUGAUAGGAAUGAAGCCUGGAUUCUGGAAACUGCAGGGAAGUACUGGGCAGCAGAAAAAGUACAAGAGGGAGUUCGUAAUAUUUCUAAUCAGCUUUCUAUAACAACCAAGAUUGAUCGGGAACACCCAGACAUGAGAAACUAUGCUAAGCAGAAAGGUUGGUGGGACGGUAAAAAGGAGUUUGAUUUUGCUGCAACAUACUCUUAUCUUGACACAGCCAAGAUGAUGACUUCCUCAGGCAGAUACUGUGAGGGCUACAAGCUUCUAAAUAAACACAAAGGAAACAUAACUUUUGAAACAAUGAUGGAAAUUCUCCGUGAUAAACCAAGUGGCAUUAAUAUGGAGGGCGAAUUCCUGACCACUGCAAGCAUGGUUUCUAUUUUACCUCAAGACUCCAACCUUCCUUGCAUUCACUUCUUUACAGGAACUCCUGAUCCUGAGAGAUCCGUUUUUAAGCCUUUCAUAUUUGUGCCACAUAUAUCACAACUGUUGGAUACCAGUUCGCCAACAUUUGAAGAUCCAGUUACAAAGAAGCCACACGUUAAGCCUGACAGAAGACACCCACUCUACCAAAAACAUCAACAGGCAUUGGAAGUAAUAGAUAAUAAUGAGGAGAAGGCCAAAACAAUGUUGGACAACAUGAAGAAACUGGAGAAAGGGCUAUUCAAAGAAAUGGAAUUAAUCCUUCAAAAUAAGCAUCUCAAUGUAGAUAAAAUUGUUAAUCUCUUUUCUCAAUGUGCAAAAGAUGAAAUUAAAAUUUAUAAGUCAAAUAUUAGUUCUUAG